GCACUACUUCACUAUUGUGGUGGUAUCAAAAAUCAACGUUGACUGUAAAGAGCAGCCAAGGUUGGCCUGUCCAUUUUGUUUCGUUUUGCUUUACUGUUGAAAAGGCCGAUCAGGCUUUUAUUUUGAAAGGACAGAAAUCCUGGCAACCUUGGGCCACAUGGCGAUGCCACUUCGACUUCAAUCCUCGAAUAAGCGAGCAUCCUCUCAAGGACCAAAGAUGUUGAUUGUGGUUUUACUAUCUCUACUUUCUUACUGCCCCGCUCCAGGUCUCGCUUUUAAUGCGGAGCUACGUCGACCUUGGGAUCUGAAGCAGCAGCGCCGACGCCGCCCUCGCUUGCUCUUGCGACGGCGUAUUCUUGGGUCAGUCGGUUCCCGGUUUCCUAGACGUUCUGAGGGAGACAUGACGUUGCUGGUCCUGGCGCUUGCGUCUACCAGUACAAAACAAACGCAAGAAAACGACGAUGAUAAUGUCGGUUUACCAAAAGAGCUUGACAAAGUGGAUGGGGCGGAAACAAGCCUGGAAUCUUUUGGUGAAAGCGCACAUUCCAUCCCGCUCGCAGCUUCACUGCAUCAAUCCACCACCGCAGCUGACGUAUCCGGUUCGGGCGGUGUAAAAUUUUCAGACACGCCACAGUUCGCGGUACCACCGUCCUUUCUUGACAGUUCUGUAGAUGAAAAGACACCGACGGUAGGGAACCGUCUCGGAACCCUUUUUCAUCUGACGCGGCCGUCGAACUUUCCGAGUAUAGUCAUGUUACAUAUGCUAGGGAUUAAGCUGGCUUUGCCCGAUUCGCUACCGGCCUCUGUGUAUUGGACCAUGGUUGCGGCGACUCCCAGUAUGUACGUUGUACUCGCAGCACUCUUGUUGACGUCUUCAACAAGUAUGAUUGUUAAUGAUUACUACGACGCCAAGCUGGGACGCGAUCGCAACAGAAUGAAACCUCUGGUGAGUGGGGACCUACCCUUGGCGGUUGCGAAACGCUUUUUGGGUUAUCUGUAUGCUGCGGCUCUCUUAAGUGUAGCAUUCUUGCCGGGUAUUCCCACCCGCUUGUCGGUCGUGGUAGGGCUCAUGAUGACCUACUGGUACACGCAAUACUUGAAACCAGUUACAUGGAUCAAAAAUGUAACGUGUGCAUCAUUGAUAGCAUUGAGUCCCUUGACUUCAGGAUCGGCUGCUCUGCACAUAUUGUACAAUAAGGCCUCGUGGAAUUGGCAGGUACUGGGGGUUCCGAGGCUUUGGCGACUGAUUGUGAUGCUAUUUUGGGGUAUUUUGGGGCGUGAAAUCCUCAUGGACUGCAACGAUGUGGUCAAUGACCUGCAGGCCAACGUACAGACAGUCCCAGUAGUAUACGGGCGGCGCUUCGCCACCCUCGUGGCUUUGGGAGCUACAGCGAUAGCGUCGGCUUUGGCUCUGUCAGGACCGCUCGCUCGGCUGAUUCCUUAUUUUUUGACUCCGGAUGUCUCCACGACCACGUCAUUGCGGGCCAUUUCAAAGUCUGCGUUGGGCAGUUGCCGUCAACUCGCUUUGGCAACUAUAGGAAGCUACAUUCAACUGAGGCGAGGCUGGAAAGUUUAUCGGACGGAAGGGAGGGAUGCGGAAGCAACGGACAAGGCGGUAGUCGACGGUCUUAUUUCGGUCCUGUUCUAUCUAGCAAGCUAUAUUUGAAGCCAAAAGCCGUUCUCAAAAGCCAUGUUGCUUACAGUACUUUCAACUUCCGUACAAAGCCUACCUUUUAUGUCUUACUACAUAUUUGCUCCACAAUUUAAGUAAUCCCUGUAGCGCUUUUAAUAAUUCUAAAUAAAUGACAGCGGCGUUCAC